AUGUGUAUCAGGAAACACUUCAUCCUCUCACCCCACACAGAGGGAUCUGGAGUAUAUGAGGUCAUUGGGUACCACAGGAAGAGGGACAACUCAGUCGAAUAUGAUGUGCUUUUUGAUGAUUGUGACACCCCAAUCUUGCUUGAGGCAGUUUAUCUUCUCAUUCCCUUACCUAUUGUUCAUCUCUUUGCCUCCUAG